GAUACAUAUUUAAAUUCGACGUAAAACAUUGUUUUAUGUUGUGUUGUUGAUAUAUGCAUUUUGGAUCGUGCACGCGCCGUUUUACUGCUGUUCUUCUGGUUCUUUAUUUAUUUGGUAAAUUGACUCAGUUGAUGUUGGUACACAGUAGUUGUUUCGUUGAAACCAGUGAAUAUUCCAAUGAACAUACCGAAAUUGGCAUACUCUCAACCUCUCUACUGAAACAUUACUCCAGUCUGUUUGUCAAAGUCGACGGCAAAACAUGUCCCGCGUAACCAAAAUAAAACAUAUUCUGAAGGAACAGGAAGCGGACGAAUUCGAUUCGCCCAAGGAAAACCAAACAAUAGUUCGUGUAGUGGCUAGCCGUGGCAAUAAUCUACACGAGGUGGAAACUGCUACCGAAGUUGAACCUAUAGAAGAAGGCAACAAGGUAAAGGCCGAGAUUUGUCGAAUCCUGACAGCGGAACAUAUAAAAAUAUUUGAAAAGGAGAACGUGUGGCCCAAACGGUUUACCAAGAAGCGGGAGCUCGAAGACGAUCUGGAUGAUGAUGGGCUAGUUCGAAAUACAAAUCGAAAAUUUGCGGAAGAGAAUGAUGACAGCGAUGAGAGUGAGUCUACUGAUGAGGACAAUUAGAAGGAUUUACUGUUGGCGACUAUAUGGAAUGUCUUUAAUCAAAACUUGAAACACAAUCCUGGCAUGUAGUAUAAGAAAUAUAUUUCUUGUACAGAGAUCCAGAAACGAACAAGUUGUCAGUGCUAUAUACAUAAAAUAUGCAGACACUUGCAAGAAUAAAUACGAUUUAAAAAGAUGUA